GCCCCCUCUCCGAUCUCGCAGAAGAAGAACCUCCCACCCGAUCGAAGCGAAGCAUCUCUCGUCCUCCUUUCAAGAUGCAGAUCUUUGUGAAGACCCUCACUGGCAAGACCAUCACCCUCGAGGUGGAGUCCUCUGACACCAUCGACAACGUCAAGGCGAAAAUCCAGGACAAGGAGGGCAUCCCUCCGGACCAGCAGCGCCUCAUCUUCGCUGGAAAGCAGCUUGAGGACGGCCGUACCCUCGCUGACUACAACAUUCAGAAGGAGUCCACCCUCCACCUCGUGCUCCGCCUGCGCGGUGGUAUGCAGAUCUUCGUCAAGACCCUCACUGGCAAGACCAUCACGCUCGAGGUGGAGUCCUCCGACACCAUCGACAAUGUCAAGGCGAAGAUCCAGGACAAGGAGGGCAUCCCUCCAGACCAGCAGCGCCUCAUCUUCGCUGGCAAGCAGCUCGAGGAUGGCCGUACCCUCGCUGACUACAACAUCCAGAAGGAGUCCACCCUCCACCUGGUGCUCAGGCUCCGCGGUGGUAUGCAGAUCUUUGUGAAGACCCUCACCGGCAAGACCAUCACCCUGGAGGUGGAGUCUUCGGACACCAUCGAUAAUGUGAAGGCGAAGAUCCAGGACAAGGAGGGUAUCCCCCCGGACCAGCAGCGCCUCAUCUUUGCUGGCAAGCAGCUGGAGGAUGGCCGCACUCUGGCGGACUACAACAUCCAGAAGGAGUCCACCCUUCACUUGGUGCUCCGGCUCCGUGGAGGCCAGUAAGGAGCUGCUUCUGUUUCUUGAGGGUUCACAAGUCUGGUGUCUUGGGUGUGCUCCACUGGAGCUGUCGUUGUAUCCUGAUACCGUCUGGUUGUGUAUCUCUUCCUGCCGUUUUGUUAUCUGUGUGAUGUUACCUGUGUCUACUGACUUCUGCUGUGGUGCAGCAGCUUUGGAUGAACCGUGUUGAAUGAAUAAUUGAACAGCGAACUUGUUUCAA